CCCCGCGCUCUGUUGUUGUUAAUGUAAUAUUAUAAAUGCAAAGUCACUCGCUCGAUUCGCCCGUCAGCUCGAAUUCUUCAAUAAAAAAACACCAUCUGCCGCUCCUUUUUUUUAUUUAUUUAUUUUGGUCACACCGGUUGCCACGACGACGCACCUGUGUCACGUUGCACCGCUCCGACGGAGGAUUAGAACGGUCCGGUCGCAGCGUCCGGUGGAUCGAGGUCGACUCGGUUUUGUCUGCACGCCCCCCCCCCCUCGAAGACCCAGAUGCGCGCCGCCGUGUGUUCCUCGCGCCGCCAGAAGGUUCGAGACGUUAAGACGAGGCCCCCCCGAUGAGCGCCGUGAGCCGUCUAAAAGAGACCGUGGAUGAACAAAAAGUUAAAAGUCCUGCAUUAACUUUCAUUUGAAGCGUGGAGGAGCCCUGCAGGACUCGGGGGGGCACAACACUUACUCUCUGUUGUAUAAUCUAACAGGUCUUUUAAGGCAAAGGAGACUUUACAAUGAAUUAUUAACGGCGACGCUCUUCUCCAAAUGUUGCUCAGUGUUUCCACCAUGUGUUUGCAUCAGAAGUGUUUAAUUUUUCAUUCGGCUGCUGCUGUAAUGUUGCCAGAGACUUCUCAUAAAAAAUCUGAACACCUUUUAAUUAUUUAUUUAUUUAAUGUAGUGUAGUGUGUGUUCUCGCUCUGUACCACAUUGUUUGUCCACAUUAGUUACUUGGACACGGAAACAUGAUUGAUGAACAAAAGCCUCUUCGUGACUGAUAUUCACGUCUGGAGUGUUUUUUUUUUUUCCAGGACCUUCGUACUUCGUUUUUCACCUCGAAAUGUUCACCUCGCCUUGAAGGCUCCAAAGAAAAUGUUAUGGGACGGAAUGUUUGCCUCGUGGGGGAAACCCUGUUGCUGCUCCUCUUUAACCGCACUCGCCAAACACUUCAGUGAGAUCCCGCUGCAAGACGUGUGCGCCUGAUCACGGUAGGCACCCAGAUGUGGAGGCCCUGAGGAUGACGUCUUGGCCCUGAACCCCACCAGCAUGUCAGAGCCAGCAGAAAAUUGCUCCCCCGGCUGGAAAGACGAGGCCAUUCAAAAUGGCUACAUUCCAAGUUACCUAGACAAGGACGAGCUGUGCGUGGUGUGCUCGGACAAGGCCACGGGUUAUCACUACCGCUGCAUCACCUGCGAAGGCUGCAAGGGUUUCUUCAGGCGCACGAUCCAGAAGAACCUCAACCCGACCUACGCCUGCAAGUACGAGGGCAAGUGCGUCAUCGACAAAGUGACCCGGAACCAGUGCCAGGAAUGCCGCUUCAAGAAGUGCAUCGCCGUGGGAAUGGCCAGCGACCUGGUUCUGGACGACAGCAAGCGGCUGGCCAAGCGCAAGCUGAUCGAGGAGAACCGCGAGCGCCGCCGGAAGGAGGAGCUGCAGAAGACGGUGCUGGACCGCCAGGAGCCCACGCAGGAGGAGUGGGACCUGGUCCGCAUGGUGACCGAGGCCCACAUGGCCACCAACGCGCAGGGCAACCACUGGAAGCAGAAGAGGAAGUUUCUGGUCGAGGAAGCUAUGCUUCUUAAUGAAAUAACAUGUAAUUUAUUCUAUACUUCUGACCAGAGUGCAGCGGGGGUGAAGGAAAAUAAGCCCGAGGACAUUGGUCAAGCGUCCAUGGUCAAUACGCCUGAAGGAAACAAAGUGGACAUAGAAGCCUUCAGUCAGUUUACAAAAAUUAUCACCCCCGCCAUAACCCGAGUGGUGGACUUUGCCAAAAAACUGCCAAUGUUUUGUGAGCUGCCUUGUGAGGACCAGAUCAUCCUGCUGAAAGGCUGCUGCAUGGAGAUCAUGUCGCUGCGAGCUGCCGUCCGCUACGACCCGGAGAGCGAGACCCUCACGCUCAACGGCGAGAUGGCGGUGACGCGCGGCCAGCUCAAGAACGGCGGGCUGGGCGUCGUGUCGGACGCCAUCUUCGACCUCGGCGUGUCGCUGUCCUCCUUCGACCUGGACGACUCGGAGGUGGCUCUCCUGCAGGCCGUCAUCCUGCUUUCUUCUGAUCGUCCGGGCCUGAGCAGCGUGGCGCGAAUAGAGCGGUGCCAGGAGGAGUUCCUGCUGGCCUUUGAACAUUACAUCAACCACCGCAAACACAAAGUGGCGCAUUUCUGGCCCAAGCUGCUAAUGAAGGUGACGGACCUGCGGAUGAUCGGCGCCUGCCACGCCAGCCGCUUCCUGCACAUGAAAGUGGAGUGUCCCACCGAGCUAUUCCCUCCUCUCUUCUUGGAGGUCUUCGAGGACUGACCGAUGGACUUCUGUAUGUGUGUGUGUUUGUUUGUUUGUUUGCGUGCGCGUGCACAAGUCAGGUGGUCUCAGGGGCGGAACCAGCCCCCGGGGCCCGUCGCGAUGGACUCUCUAGUAGCACUACUGAGUGUCCCUUCUGGCCAUAGCUUAGGAGUAGCUCUUUGGUGUCGUUUUGGAUGGAACCAUUCCUCACAUUGCGGGUACAUGUGAAUAGUGUUUUUUAUUUUUUCAUUUAUUUUUUGUUGUUGUUAUUGUUGUGGAUAUAACUUCUCACCUCGGAUUUUACUAUAGUUCUAUUUUUUUCUUCUUUUUUUUUUUUUUUCAACGAUUUUAUCAACUCUUGCUCAUCCAUUAGAAACAUGCAAAUAUUGUGUUUCCCUUCCUUUUUUUAUGUCUGAAAAACCGGCUGCUCACCCGAUUUCGAAAAAAAAAAAAAAGGUCCGUAAUUGUCUAGAGGCCCGUCAGCCUUCGUCCCUUCUACUGGACGCCACUGGACCCGUUUAACUGUCACGCGGUCGGUCAUCCACGCGGCGAGGUGUCUGAACUGUGCCUCGCCGUCCUACUGUGACCCGACCCCCCCCCCCCCACGCCGACGGCAGCCCCUCGCUCUGAUGGACGGCAGUAGAGCACCCGCCCCCUGCCCCCCCCCCGUCCCCCGUCCCCCGGCGUUCCAGGGAAUGUCGUGGAGAAGAAAAGAGAACAGCAACACGAGGCAGAGCUGCAAUAAAAAGCUUUUUUAUUUAUUUUUUUUUAUUUUUUUUAAAUUGUUGAUGACUUGUUUUUGGGGGCAUCGUAAACUUGUGGCACUACACAACUAUGCUGGUUGAAAUCCUCAAGACCCACAAGACUAGAAAAGCUUGCUUGUUGUCAUAGAAAACUUUUAGCAGUUGAUCAAUUUCAUUGACAAAUUCAUAUUUUUUUAAACGCAAACUCCAUAUUCUGAAUUAUUUGAUAAUAAAUGCAAUCUCUUUUGGAAUUUGCAGGAUUGGUUGGACAAAACAAAGACAAUUUGACACUUUUUCCUUUUUUUGGGGGGGGGGGACAUUUUGUAAAAGGAUGAUUGAUUGAUUGAUUGAUUAAUGGAGAAGAAUCAGCGCGUUCACCAAUAAUUAUACAACAAUAAUCAUUGAUCUUCUUAUCCUAAAGCUAAGCUGCUGCAAUGGCUGCUUCAUGAAGAGCAGCCGGCGCUUUUUAAGGCGAGCUGCGUCCGUCUUGGCCCGGACGCCGGGGUCCUCGCCGACUAAAGGGCGCCACGACACACGAUGUCAACAGACAGACGGUCACGCCGGGGGUCCCCCACAGAACCCUCCAGAACCCUCCAGAGCGGGUUUCGUGGGCUUGGUCCCGCCCGCGUUGCCUCCCCCGAGUGUCCUGCGUCCAAGCCCACCGCCCUCGCAUGACGGCGCGCAUAUACUGUACACUAACACACACACACACGCUGUAAACUAGGGUGAGACGCCACCACUGUGACCACCCGCUCUCGUAUAUCUCGCUCCAUCGAGCUUCACACUACUCCUCAAAGCGGCUUGUGCUUCUGUUUUUUUUCGUUUUUAUUUUUCCUCUUUUCUGUGAAUUGAUGCCCUUUUCUUUUUCUUUUUUUUUUAUCAAAGUGUUUGAAUGACCUCACACACACACACACACUGUACAGGCUCUAAAUGAAUGCACAGACAAUCAGAGGGAGAGGAAGGAAGGGAAAGUGACAUUGGCCACGUUUACAUGUAGUAAAGUAGUCCUGCCAUCAAAAACGCAGCGAAAGAUCAAACCUCCGCCUUCGUUUCUGCUCGACAGACGAAUCCAACUUUUAGAGAAAUGCUGAAUCCGGUCGGUUGUCAACGAGGCGGCGCUGGUUGCACAAACGUGUGCGUGUGGGUGUGGCAUCUUUUUUUCAACCAAAUACUCCAGGGAUGGAACUCAGGAACUAAGUGAGAAGCGCGAUGCCGACGGGCUGCAUUUGUGUGAGAAGACGACUUUGUUUGGGCCUUGGUGUGAUUUUUGUGAUGUAAUGAGGUGACACAGUGUUGACUGGUGUCCUUUUUUGAAAUGUAACAUGACUGUUGGAGAAAUAUUCUGCUAACUUGGUCUCUCUUACCUCCUUUAAAAAAAAAAAAAGUAUACACUUUAAGACUAGUCUCAGGAAUUUGGCUGAAUGACUUUAAACCUCAACGACGUUUUGAAUAAAUGCCCGUUGUGAGCCGCGCCAGCAGCCUCCUAUCGGAAUGAGGGCAGAGGCCUGCGAUUGACCAGCGGCGUCGAUUUUUGGUUCCGUCUGGAACUGCACAGGCAAGGAAUAUAAAAAAAAAAAAAAAAAAAAGAUUCAUUUUAAAGGCGACGACAACAAAGCAAGCUGACGGACACCCGACCAUUUGGGUUAUUGGUCCUGCAGAAACCGAUUAGCAUUCAGUCGCCGGAGGGGUUAAAGGCCUGAAGCUCCGGUUUGAUUGAUAAUAUCAAGCUUUUUAUCUCCCAAAAGUCCUGCUUUCUUCGCCAUUUAGUAAGUGAGUUAGUUUGAUGUUGGGUUGCUGAGAGGAAGCGCGCAGUAGGUUCAGCAGAGCUCGGUUAUAUAGUUAUAGCUAUUGCUGUAUCCAUGGUAACCUGGACUUUUUUAAGUCACGGUGAACUCUGUGGGUUUAAAACUUAUGUCCAUGCGUCGGCCUUCUGGAGAAGAAAGUCAGUUGUAAAGAUGAACCGGUAAAUCAGCCACACCUUGAAGGAAGUGCACUUUAGUCACGUUUU